UCCUUCUAGAAACCCCACCCGCCCGCCCCUCCCCUUCCUCGCAUUUCUUUCCCCCUCCACAAGCUCAAGUACUCUCUUCUCUCACCGCCGCUCCCCAACCCAGCCGAGGGCUCGAAGACCUUCCUUACUCUCUCGCCAUGUACCGCGCGGCGGCCAGCCUCGCCUCCAGGGCCCGUCAAGCCGGGAGUGGUGCUCGUCAGAUUGGGAGUAGGCUCGCCUCCCAUAGAAACUAUGCUGCGAAGGACAUCAAGUUUGGUGUUGAGGCCCGGGCGUUGAUGUUGAGGGGUGUCGAGGAGUUGGCUGAUGCGGUCAAGGUGACAAUGGGUCCUAAGGGGCGCACUGUUGUUAUUGAGCAAAGCUUUGGUGCUCCUAAAGUUACAAAGGAUGGAGUGACUGUUGCCAAGAGCAUUGAAUUCAGUAACAGGGUUAAGAAUGUUGGUGCGAGCCUUGUGAAGCAGGUUGCCAAUGCGACUAAUGACACUGCUGGGGAUGGUACAACAUGUGCUACUGUUCUGACAAAGGCUAUAUUCACUGAGGGUUGCAAGUCCGUAGCAGCUGGAAUGAAUGCGAUGGAUUUGAGACGUGGCAUCUCAAUGGCUGUUGAUGCAGUAGUGACAAAUCUAAAAGGCAUGGCCAGAAUGAUCAGCACGUCAGAGGAAAUAGCACAGGUGGGUACUAUAUCAGCUAAUGGGGAAAGGGAAAUCGGUGAGCUCAUUGCGAAAGCUAUGGAGAAGGUUGGUAAAGAGGGAGUUAUCACUAUUGCGGAUGGUAACACUCUCUACAAUGAGCUUGAAGUUGUAGAAGGCAUGAAGCUUGACAGAGGUUACAUCUCUCCUUACUUUAUUACCAACCAAAAGAACCAGAAAUGUGAACUAGAUGACCCACUGAUCUUGAUACAUGACAAGAAAGUGUCCAACCUUCAUGCUCUGGUGAAAGUGUUGGAGUUAGCUCUCAAGAAGCAAAAGCCUCUGCUUAUUAUUGCAGAGGAUGUAGAAAGCGAAGCAUUGGGUACUCUCAUUAUUAACAAGCUUCGUGCAGGCAUUAAGGUUUGUGCAGUCAAAGCUCCUGGGUUUGGGGAGAACAGGAAAGCCAACUUACAGGACCUCGCUAUUCUUACUGGGGGAGAAGUCAUAACUGAAGAACUUGGAAUGAACCUUGAGAAUUUUGAGCCUCAGAUGCUGGGCACUUGCAAGAAGGUUACAGUAUCCAAGGAUGACACCGUCAUCCUUGAUGGAGCUGGAGAUAAGAAGUCCAUUGAAGAGAGAGCUGAGCAGCUGAGAUCUGCAAUCGAGCAAAGCACUUCUGACUAUGAUAAGGAAAAACUACAAGAGCGGUUAGCAAAGCUUUCUGGUGGUGUUGCUGUUCUAAAGAUUGGUGGGGCUAGUGAAGCGGAGGUUGGUGAGAAGAAGGAUAGAGUGACUGAUGCACUAAAUGCUACCAAAGCUGCAGUAGAGGAGGGUAUUGUACCAGGUGGUGGAGUUGCCCUUCUCUAUGCAUCAAAAGAUCUGGAUAAAUUGCAGACUGCAAACUUUGACCAAAAGAUUGGUGUUCAGAUCAUUCAAAAUGCUUUGAAGACCCCAGUGCACACAAUUGCUUCAAAUGCGGGUGUAGAAGGAUCUGUCAUUGUCGGCAAGCUAUUGGAACAGGAUAAUAUUGAUCUAGGUUAUGAUGCUGCUAAAGGUGAAUACGUUGACAUGGUGAAGUCUGGUAUUAUUGAUCCACUAAAAGUUAUCAGAACAGCUCUGGUAGAUGCUGCAAGUGUGUCCUCUCUAAUGACUACCACAGAAUCUAUUAUCGUCGAGAUCCCCAAGGAGGAGGUGGCCGCACCCGCAAUGGGUGGUAUGGGUGGCAUGGGCGGGAUGGAUUUCUAACUUAUGCUCCAGGUCGUGCAAAUCAAUGUUGAUCUGAUACAUUUUGUUCGUUAGAUUAGUUUCUUUUUGCGGUGCGGAUAUCUUAAUGCCGUGAUUGAUGAGGUGGCUGUCAGAUUUCGAUUCUGCUGCAAGAGAAUUGUAACUUGAAAUAGGGUCGAACAUUAGAACUUAGAACCUGGGAAUUGGAAUGCAUAAAAUAAAAUCAUUCUAUACAAAUGGUGCACGUUGAA